CCCGGCCAGGGACCCGCCCGGACCUGAGGAGGCGGGAACUGCGGGCAUAAAGGCCCGCCCCACUCUCCCAGGAUUUCCCGUGCACACCGGAAGUGGGUGGGGCUCCUCCGGCCCUCCUCCCCCCUCCCCCCCGCACGAUUGGCCAGCGCCGCUGUCUCUCAGCGUUCUAGGGGAAGGGACUGGGCGAUUCCCAGCACUCGGGGCGCGGGCGCUGGCAGCCAGGCGGGUGGGAGGGGCCGGAGCAAAAGUUCCGGGCGCCUGAGCCCGCUGCUCGUGCCAUGGAGCGGAGUCCCGACGUGUCCCCCGGGCCUUCCCGCUCCUUCAAGGAGGAGUUGCUCUGCGCCGUCUGCUACGACCCCUUCCGCGACGCAGUGACUCUGCGCUGCGGCCACAACUUCUGUCGCGGGUGUGUGAGCCGCUGCUGGGAGGUGCAGGUGUCGCCCACCUGCCCGGUGUGCAAAGACCGCGCGUCGCCCGCCGACCUGCGCACCAACCACACCCUCAACAACCUGGUGGAGAAGCUGCUACGCGAGGAGGCCGAGGGCGCGCGCUGGACCAGCUACCGCUUCUCGCGCGUCUGCCGCCUGCACCGCGGCCAGCUCAGCCUCUUCUGCCUCGAGGACAAGGAGCUACUGUGCUGCUCCUGCCAGGCCGACCCCCGACACCAGGGGCACCGCGUGCAGCCGGUGAAGGACACUGCCCACGACUUUCGGGCCAAGUGCAGGAACAUGGAGCAUGCGCUGCGGGAGAAGGCCAAGGCCUUCUGGGCCAUGCGGCGCUCCUACGAGGCCAUCGCCAAGCACAAUCAGGUGGAGGCUGCAUGGCUGGAAGGCCGGAUCCGGCAGGAGUUUGAUAAGCUUCGCGAGUUCUUGAGAGUGGAGGAGCAGGCUAUUCUGGAUGCCAUGGCCGAGGAGACAAGGCAGAAGCAACUUCUGGCUGAUGAGAAGAUGAAGCAGCUCACAGAGGAGACGGAGGUGCUGGCACAUGAGAUCGAGCGGCUGCAGAUGGAGAUGAAGGAGGACGACGUUUCUUUUCUCAUGAAACACAAGAGCCGAAAACGCCGACUCUUCUGCACCAUGGAGCCAGAGCCAGUCCAGCCCGGCAUGCUUAUUGAUGUCUGCAAGUACCUGGGCUCCCUGCAGUACCGCGUCUGGAAGAAGAUGCUUGCAUCUGUGGAAUCUGUACCCUUCACCUUUGACCCCAACACCGCAGCCGGCUGGCUCUCCGUAUCUGACGACCUCACCAGCGUCACCAACCACGGCUACCGCGUGCAGGUGGAGAACCCGGAACGCUUCUCCUCGGCGCCCUGCCUACUGGGCUCCCGUGUCUUCUCGCAGGGCUCGCACGCCUGGGAGGUGGCCCUUGGGGGGCUGCAGAGCUGGCGGGUGGGCGUGGUACGUGUGCGCCAGGACUCGGGCGCUGAGGGCCACUCGCACAGCUGCUACCACGACACACGCUCGGGCUUCUGGUAUGUCUGCCGCACGCAGGGCGUGGAGGGGGACCACUGCGUGACCUCGGACCCAGCCACAUCGCCCCUGGUCCUGGCCGUCCCACGCCGCCUGCGUGUGGAGCUGGAGUGCGAGGAGGGCGAGCUGUCUUUCUAUGACGCGGAGCGCCACUGCCACCUGUACACCUUCCACGCCCGCUUUGGGGAGGCUCAAAGCAGCAGCUCCCUGGGAAGGCUCCUGUUCUCCAGUUUCUCCCACUUUUGCAUCCAUUCCACAUGCACCAUCGUUCAUGUUCCCGUCACCUGGAGGGACCCCAUUUCCAACCCGCUGCAGUGCAUUUCUCCAGGGCAAGCUCUCAGGGCACGUUGUCACUGCGCUCUGCCUUUAUACCCGGAGUCUUCUCAGUCCCGUCACACAUGGCUCCAGCCGGACCAGGCUCCUGUUACCUUGAAACAGGCCACCUGCCCUCUCCAGGGGCCCGUUGUCACUGGAAUGUCCUGACCUCGGUUGCUGUGGAUCUCCUGAUCACAUUGGCUCUGCUGCUUACGUGAUAUCUCCUAGGGCACACACGGCCUGUCUGAGCUUAUUUCCUCAUCUGUAGAUGUGGGGCUCCUCCCCACCUCCUGAAUGUCUGAGCAGCGUGAGCACCUCAGAAGCCGGAGUCUCAGAGCACGCAAGAGCCUCAGUAACCUCCAGGCUCCCAGUCACGUCCACGUCAGCCACCAGGUAUCAGUUGGUCAGAAUUAGGUGCACAGGGGCCAUUUCCUUUUUUGCUUCCUCUUGCUUGUGGGGGAUGAAAUUUCUCUCAACAGUAUUUGAUUGCUCAAUAUCACAAUAGUGGAAGUCUUUCAUGACCCUUGUGGUGAGUGAUGGGGCAGUGGCGGGAGUUUUCCCAGCUCCACAGUGACAUUCAAGACCCCUCCCUGGCUGACUCCUGCUACCACGGUCACCACUGUUUACAAAGACCCUGCCCAGCCUUCCUGGGUGCGGGGUCCCAUUGUUCCUCCUGCCUGCAGCGCCUGUUGCCCUCCCUUUAUUGUCCCUCCGUCCCCCUUCUCAGCUCGGAGGUACCUUUCCAGACGUGCCCAGGGCUCCCUGGGCUGCCACUGCAUGCCACCUGUUUUUCAGAAGAGCACCUUGCUGUCUUUUCUGCUUGGAGACCUGGGAGUGCAGGAAGCAUGUCAUUUCCUCUUUCAGGUCCCAAAUCUGUGGAUGUUGCUGGACCAUAAUAAAUGAUUGUUGAGGCCUGGUGCGGUGGCUCACGCCUGUAAUCCCAGCACUUUGGGAAGCCGAGGUGGGUAGAUCACCUGAGGUUGGGAGUUUGAGGCCAGCCUGACCAACAUGGUGAAACUCUAUCUCUACUAAAUACAAAGUUAGCUAUGCGUGGUGGCGCAUGCCUGUAAUCCCAGUUACUUGGGAGGCUGAGGAAGGAGAAUCGCUUGAACCCAGGAGGCGGAGGUUGCGGUGAGCUGAGAUUGUGCCAUUGCACUCCAGCCUGGGAAACAAGAGUGAAACUCCGUCUCAGAAAAAAUAAUAAUAAAAAUAAAAAAUAAAUAAAUGAUUGCCGAGUGCACGUAUGGUUAGAGACGUGCACUGCGGGGCAGGAAAGCUGCCUUUGAAAGUGCCACAGGCCAACUGGUAGCAUUUUGGUAAGGAGAAAGUGGCAUGAAGCCCACAGUCCAGAUUCUGGAUCCAGAUGCAAGCUCUGUGAUUUCUGGGCUGCCUGAAUCGUCUGACCCUCUGCUCCCUCACACAGAACGAAGAUGACAAUAUCUACCUCAGGCACUUGUGGGGAUUCGAUGAGGAAAACGAUGGUAAAAAUGCCAAAUAUUAUGUUCUAAACCUAGGAUAGGAUUAAUACACAUUGGUGAAUUCUUCAGAAAUGGGAGAUUCUGAAUGUAGAAAUUGUGAUUCCCAAUAAUGACAAAUCUCAAAGAAAAGUGAGAGAUUGAGAAAUAGAAGUUACCUGUUUUGGGAGUGCUCCGAUUUCUUCAGAUUUUUAACAAGAAUGUUCCAAAGAAAAGUGAGAGAUUGAGAAAUAGAAGUUACCUGUUUUGGGAGUCCUCCGAUUUAUUCAGAUUUUUAACAAGAAUGUUUGCAUAAAACUCAUGUUCGUGAAAAACUUUCAGUAGCAUGAGAAAAUGGUUAUGUUGUAAGAACCAAAAAAAUAGGAUUCAAAGCAGUAAGUACAGGCAUGCAAUGUACUCACAACAAGACAAGCAGGAGCCUGUCUUUAAUUUGUGUUGAUUGACUAGAUAAUCCGUUUACAUGGCUGUGAAUUCCAAAGGUACAAAAUGUACUAGAACAGUCUGUCUCCUUCUUCUGCCCACUCAGCAACCCCCCAGUAGGCAAUAUGUAUUACUAGUUUUUUUCAAUCUUCCCAGAGAUAUUUUAUGCAUAGCACAUAUCCUGUUGAUGGGUAUAUUCUGUUCACCCCAAUACAUUAUAAUUUAGAGCAGACAACUCUAGCUCUCAUCCCUAAGCAACCCAACCAAGAGGUGAAAACCCCAAAGAUGUUAUUAAAAUCCUUUUCUCUCAAAGGGGAGGUUUGUACUGAUGUUUUCAUGCAGUCUAUUCAGUGGAUAGAUUUUACUUUUUGUUCAUGUUUAAAUAUUUCACCUUAAGGUUUUAAAACAAAGAGAAAAAGCCAAGCAGAAACCUUAAACCUGAGACCUCAGUAUACAGGUCGCCCAGGCUGAAGUGCAGUGGUGUGAUCUCAGCUCACUGCAACCUCUGCCUCCUGGGUUCGAGCAAUUCUCCUGUCUCAGCCUCCUGAGUAGCUGGGAUGCAUGUGCCACCACACCUGGCUAAUUUUUGUAUUUUUAGUAGAGAUGGGGUUUCGCCAGGCUGAUCUCAAAUCCCUGACCUCAGGUGAUCUGCCCGCCUUGGCUUCCCAAAGUGGUGGGAUUACAGGCAUGAGCCACUGUGCCCGGCCUCAAUGUACAUUUUUAAAAUCUUAAUUCACUAGAACCCUUACAAAGGUUUCUAGCGGUUAAGAGGUUGGGAUACCAGAUUGGACAACCUGGACCUAAACCCUGACUCAACCACUGUGUGACCUUGGGGGAGUUACUUAACCUCUCUGUGCCUUAGUUUCAUCGUGAGGCAAAUGAAGAUAGAGUUCCUACCUCAUAGAGUGGAUAUGAGGUUAAAUGAGCAAGUGUGUGAAACACUUAAAAGAGGAUCUGGCACAGUUGAGAGUUUACUGUUGUCUUACCUGGCUCUGCUUUUUAAAUAGCUGCAGGAUUGAUAUAGCCAUUGAAGUAUUUUUCUGUCAACAGGGAAACUUGGGCAUUUGCAUGUGUUUUCCAGGUCAUUCCAAUUCUAGCAUCCUGUGAUUCAUAAUUUAUGUCACUAGCAAAAGCCUAUGGCUUGUGCACAGUAGGGAUUGCUGACUCAGGGUGCUGCUGCCGGCCAAUAUUCCAGAACCUGGGAUUGGGAGCAGAAACUUUUGUCUCAUGUUUUGACUUUAGCGAAAAAAAAAAGACUAAUGAGUCAUAAUAUUUUAGGCAUAAGAAAGGUUAUCCUGGAGAGGAGUGAGAUCUUUAAAAAAUGUUCAUAAAAUUAGUAAUUGAUUAUGCACAAUGAAAUCAUGUUAUGUUCCAGAGAUGACGUAUGUACUUGUAUGUAUGAGAUUAAAGAUGAUGACAAAUACUGAC